CCCACAAUCCCCGGCGGCGCCGCCGCUCCCGUGCCCCGGCGAGCGAGCCCGGCGGCUCCAUCGAGGCCUGGGUGGCCCUUCGGCCGCUGUCGGGGAAAGUCUCGAAUGCCCCCAGUCGCUCGCAAGCGCCGGGGUUCGGCCAUUUCCGGCCCGGCGCACUUCGGCAAGUUCCGCAGUGGCUUGUCGGAAAUGGCUGCCCGCCGGCAGGGGGAGCGGAGGAUCGUGCGCGGCCUGGAAGGCAGUCUGCGGGCGGCGAGAGCGGCUUUGGGGAACCUGAGUUUUGCACAGGCAGCGGCGGCUCGUCCCUGAACUGGAAGCCGAUGUGUUUUUUUACAAUUUGAAGGCAAGACCCUCAACCAGCAAAAAAAUUAAACUGGCUUUAUUGCGGUGGUCUGGAACUGAAUCCGCAGUGUCUCUGAGGGCAGCAAGCCCCGGAGUUCACUAUUUCAAGAAAUUAUAUACUGAAAUAUAAUGCAGCAUGUGUCAGAAAAAGGAAGGAUCCUGAAGCAUAUGUAGUUCAAAAGGAGACUUUCAUGUUAGGAACGAACAUAGCUACCAAGGCUGGAUGGGAAGAUGUUUCUCCUCAGGCUUGGUUAUUGGCAAUGACAUCGAUCACAGGCUGGCAUUUAUUUCUGUCCUAACCAGCUACUUUAUAAUUGCGAAUAGUAACUAUGCAUAUUUGUUGGUCAGCCAAACCAAGGAACAAGAGCUAUGGCAGUUGAAAAAGUCUGUCUGAUUCCAGGUUAUUUUUCCUGGGUUUCAUCAUCAGGGACCUCCUUCUUUUCAUCUCAUCGACAAUGUGGUACCUUUUACCAUUUGAUAAAGAUUAAGGACAGGUCCUUUGGUCAACAAGCAGAACUUAAUAUCUGCUGGAAUAGAGUCAGAGACCAUUUCAGUUACAGCUGAGGAAAAUGAAAUUUCCGUUUUAUUUGGUGCCUUGUACAGAGAACAUACUAACUCUUAUGAAAACGUGCAAGUGAAAAGAGAUUGAGUUUUGACUAAUAGAAACCCAUGGUUAUGGCGAGUGACCCAACGUGAUCAGAGCGGGCAAGAGCCACAAAGGAACUCAUGACGGGCUAUACCAUGUUGCGGAAUGGGGGAGUGGGGAAUGGAGGUCAAACCUGUAUGUUACGGUGGUCCAACCGUAUCCGACUCACGUGGCUCAGUUUUACGCUCUUCAUCAUUCUGGUUUUCUUUCCCCUCAUUGCUCACUAUUAUCUUACCACUCUGGAUGAGGCUGAUGAAGCUGGCAAGCGGAUUUUUGGCCCACGGGCUGGUAAUGAGCUGUGUGAAGUAAAGCAUGUGCUAGAUCUUUGCCGAAUUCGUGAGUCUGUAAGUGAAGAGCUCCUGCAGCUGGAAGCCAAGAGGCAAGAGCUGAACAGCGAAAUAGCCAAGCUGAAUCUGAAGAUUGAAGCAUGUAAGAAGAGUAUUGAGAAUGCCAAGCAGGACCUGCUUCAGCUUAAGAAUGUCAUCAGCCAGACUGAGCACUCUUACAAAGAGCUAAUGGCCCAAAAUCAGCCCAAGCUUUCUCUGCCCAUCCGAUUGCUCCCAGAGAAGGACGAUGCUGGCCUUCCUCCUCCAAAGGUCACACGGAGUUGCCGGCUGCACAAUUGUUUUGAUUAUUCUCGUUGUCCUCUCACCUCUGGUUUUCCAGUCUAUGUUUAUGACAGUGACCAGUUGGCUUUUGGCAGCUACCUGGAUCCCUUGGUCAAACAAGCUUUUCAGGCUACAGCACGAGCCAAUGUUUAUGUUACAGAAAAUGCAGACAUUGCCUGUCUCUAUGUAAUAUUAGUGGGAGAAAUGCAGGAGCCGGUAGCACUGCGGCCUGCUGGACUUGAGAAGCAGUUGUAUUCUUUACCACAUUGGCGGACAGAUGGACACAACCAUGUCAUCAUCAAUCUGUCACGGAAGUCAGAUACACAGAAUUUACUGUAUAAUGUCAGUACAGGCCGUGCCAUGGUGGCCCAGUCAACUUUCUUUGCUGCCCAGUACAGGCCUGGCUUUGACUUGGUAGUAUCACCACUAGUCCAUGCCAUGUCAGAGCCCAACUUCAUGGAAAUCCCACCACAGGUGCCGGUUAAGCGGAAAUAUCUCUUCACCUUCCAGGGCGAGAAGAUUGAAUCACUGAGAUCCAGCCUUCAGGAGGCCCGCUCCUUUGAAGAGGAAAUGGAGGGUGACCCCCCAGCUGACUAUGAUGAUCGUAUCAUUGCCACCCUAAAGGCUGUGCAGGACAGCAAACUAGAUCAGGUCCUCGUAGAAUUUACCUGCAAAAUCCAGCCUAAACCCAGUCUGCCUACGGAGUGGGCACUGUGCGGGGAGCGGGAGGACCGCUUAGAAUUACUGAAGCUUUCCACCUUUGCCCUCAUUAUCACUCCCGGAGACCCGCACUUGGUUAUUUCAUCUGGGUGUGCGACACGGCUCUUCGAAGCCCUGGAAGUCGGUGCUGUCCCAGUUGUGCUGGGGGAGCAGGUACAGCUUCCUUACCAGGACAUGCUGCAGUGGAAUGAGGCAGCCCUGGUGGUGCCCAAGCCACGUGUUACGGAGGUUCACUUCCUGUUAAGAAGUCUCUCAGAUAGCGAUCUACUGACUAUGAGGCGGCAAGGCCGCUUCCUCUGGGAGACUUACUUCUCCACCGCCGACAGUAUUUUCAAUACUGUACUGGCUAUGAUUAGGACUCGCAUACAGAUCCCAGCCGCUCCCAUCCGGGAAGAGGCAGCAGCUGAGAUCCCCCAUCGUUCAGGCAAAGCGGCUGGAACGGACCCCAACAUGGCGGACAAUGGGGACCUGGACCUGGGGCCAGUAGAAACUGAGCCGCCUUAUGCCUCACCCAGAUACCUCCGCAACUUCACUCUGACUGUCACUGACUUUUACCGCAGCUGGAAUUCUGCUCCAGGGCCUUUCCAUCUUUUCCCCCACACACCCUUUGACCCUGUGUUGCCCUCCGAGGCCAAAUUCUUGGGCUCAGGGACUGGAUUUCGGCCAAUUGGUGGUGGAGCUGGGGGUUCUGGCAAGGAGUUUCAGGCAGCGCUUGGAGGCAAUGUUCCACGAGAGCAGUUCACCGUAGUGAUGUUGACUUACGAGCGGGAGGAAGUGCUUAUGAACUCUUUAGAGAGGUUGAAUGGCCUCCCUUACCUGAACAAGGUAGUGGUGGUGUGGAAUUCUCCCAAGCUGCCAUCAGAGGACCUUCUGUGGCCUGACAUUGGCGUCCCCAUCAUGGUGGUCCGUACUGAAAAGAACAGUUUGAAUAAUCGAUUCUUGCCCUGGAAUGAAAUUGAGACAGAGGCCAUCCUGUCUAUUGAUGAUGAUGCUCACCUUCGCCAUGAUGAAAUCAUGUUUGGGUUUCGGGUGUGGAGAGAAGCGCGGGACCGCAUUGUGGGUUUCCCUGGCCGUUACCAUGCGUGGGACAUCCCUCAUCAGUCCUGGCUCUACAACUCCAACUAUUCUUGUGAGCUGUCCAUGGUGCUGACAGGUGCUGCCUUCUUUCACAAGUAUUAUGCCUACCUGUAUUCUUAUGUGAUGCCUCAGGCUAUCCGAGAUAUGGUGGAUGAAUACAUCAACUGUGAGGACAUUGCCAUGAACUUCCUUGUCUCCCACAUCACUCGGAAACCCCCUAUCAAGGUGACCUCGCGGUGGACUUUCCGAUGCCCAGGAUGCCCUCAGGCCCUGUCACACGAUGAUUCCCACUUCCAUGAGCGGCACAAAUGUAUCAACUUUUUUGUCAAGGUGUAUGGCUAUAUGCCUCUACUGUACACUCAAUUCAGGGUGGACUCUGUGCUCUUCAAGACCCGCCUGCCCCACGACAAGACCAAGUGCUUCAAGUUCAUCUAGGGGCAUUGCAGGUUUUGGGGAGAGGAUGAGCAGAGUGAGGGAGAUGGCUCCUAAAGUCUCUAGACAUUGAAGGACCUCAGGGACAUCCACUGGGUGGGUGGCCCAGACCCUCUGCUGGGAGAGGCAGCAGGAGGAGUAGAAAGCAAGUAGUUGCCUUUCUCUUGGAGUUGGCCACACUGGGCCUAGAACCCUGGUCAGAGGACACAGGGCUCCCUACACAGGGCACUGACUGAUAGCUUACACUGAGGACAUGAGGACUCUGGAGAGUCACUCACGCAGUUCAUAAGCCCAGGACAGCUGGUUUGUGGUUUUUAAAUUCAGUAACAACUAUUAUUAUUUAAAAAGAAGUUUCAGAUUUGCCAUUCAAGGCUUAUUUAUAUAUAUGUGUGUAUAUAUACAUAUGUAUGUGUAUAUAUGUGUGUAUAUAUAUAUAUAUAUAUGCACACACACACUCACAUAUACAUAUAUAUAUAUAUAUUGGGGGGGGGGUUGAAAUUUCUGCCUAUCUCACAAAGUGAGUGCCCCACCAAGGCUCCUGAUGUUUGAUAUUUUGGUGGAGAUGGAUCCUGGCCUUGUGGUAUCUGUCUGGCUCAUCCUUAAAGCUCAUCUCCUUCCUCCCCAGGGGCAUCUGUGUGCAGAGACAAAAGAGGGCCAGGCUAGCCCUCUAAUGGGGCCCCGGAUGAGUUAAGACCUGUCAAUUUGUCCCUUCUCCCGUUCUGUUGCCAACCAGCGAUCUGUAACUCGCAUCUCCUCUCACUUGAGUCCUUGGGGAGGACUGACACCUUUGGGAGUAGCUGGAUUUGAUGGUUUUUGAGGAUUUAUUCAGUCAUGCUGUCCCAGUACUUGUCCCUGCUCUCCAUUCUCUUCCCUGUUUGGAAGAGAAGAACGGGGAAGGAAGGGGACCUAAAGACAGCACUCCCAAAUGGCUCUUUUUGUCCGGCCCUCCUUUUAAAAUACAUGUUGUGCUUGGGCUUCAGGCUUUCCUGAAGAUUGUCUCUUGUGUAAAACUGGCAGGCUGCGCUUCCAGGUGUGGUCUGGAGCAGUUUGCAGGUUGGCCUGCUCUGUAGUGUAGAACAGGCGAGCGUCCUUUGCAGCUCCCACCCGGCUGGCCGGGAAGUCUGAACAGCAAGGCACCACCUGCCUUGGGAUAUCUACCUUGGUGAAAUUCACCUUCCCUCCACCUUUAUCUAGACCUGAGUCCUAUGUUACCUGUAGUGUUUGGAUCCCUAUUGUCUGGUUGGUUCCAGGACCCCCUGAGGUUCAGAAAGUGCCAGAACAAUAGGAGGAUAUUUGUUACGUUCAGCUCAAAGCCACUUGAAAUUUAACAGGCAUUUUCAUCCCACAUUACCACUUUCUACUCUGGGUUUGAAUUUCUGUUCCCUGGGCUAAAAUAAAAAUAAGCUAAUCUUU